AUGGCAGAGAGGGCAGCGAGCGAUAUGAUUGGCAACGGGGGAAUUGCAGGUGGAGGCCAGGAAAAAGCAACGACUGCGCAGGAACAGACGCAGCGUGGAAGCUGUUUGGAUGAGGUUGAGACUGGGCGGAGGAGGACUGGAAGGGGAGAGAGAGAAAGACGAGGAGAAGAAGAAGAAGAAGAAGAAGAAGAAGAAGAGCACCACCCGACUGCAACCACCAGCUAA